AUGCACAAGCACCGCGUCCAGCCGAACGGGAGGGGCUCUCGGGCGUCCGUGGACUCGUCCACUCCACUGCGCCAUGACAGCGAGUUCAUCUCCGUCCGCCUCAAGGGGAAGAAGAAAAUUAUGUCGUGGCAGGUCUUCAACAUCCUGCGCAGGCUCGCGGCCGUCGCAGCCGCCAUCCAGUACGUCAUCGUGUCCAUGUCGGCCACGUGGUGGGCGCUGCAAGUGCUCGAAGGCGCCAAGAACCCCACCGAGACGCUGCGAGUCUUCCCGUCGUCGCUUAUUGAGGGGUACUUGGGUGACGGGUUGAUCCGUGAUAGCCCCUUAGUGCAAGAUGUACUGGGAGGAGACACGACCCCGCGAGGCCACGCGCUGUUCCUCGAGUCGGACACCAAGACGUCGACUCAAAAUUGCUCCGACAUGCCCCUGUUCAACCCUGCGAUCUACAACUACGACUUCCUGAGUGAGGGUUAUCUCAAAAUGGUCUCGGGUACCAAGUACAACGUCACGGCCCUAGAAGACCUGGAGCUGGUGCUUGUGGUCGUGGACUGCUCCUUUCGGCAGAUUGCAGCGGGGGACCCCUCUUCUGUUCGUGUAUACAACUUGGUGCGGUCGAUCGCAGACCACAGUCACUUGUACCUGGUCACAAUGUCGCUGAAUGUGCAGGAGUAUCAAGUGCGGGCGCAUCGCAAACAGGGCCCAGCUCUUGUGGGGAUGCUCACGCUGGUCGACAUGCGGGACAGCAAUGUUCAGCAGUUCUACACGGUCGCGACGACGUACCCGUUCCAGCGCUUACCAGAUUUUGAGAUCUACCAGUUCGUGGGGAUCACAAACGACAGCUACCUCGAAUUACGCAGCAUCCCUCGGGACCCGAACCUUGAGCCGGUCAAGAACUUGGUCACGGCUCGGAAGCGCGACUUCUACAACAGCGACAGCCAGUCGAAUCGCCACGACCGCUUUGACCCGCUGGGAGUGGAUCGGAGAAGCUGUGACUGUGGACUCGUGGGCUUGGGUUGCAUCCACUUCUUCUUCGGACUGGAGACCAUUUAUUCCCUCGUCGUGCUGGUUCUGGUGACGUACCAGAAGGUUCGGACGGGCAAGAUUUGGCUCGGAGACCCGUUCGCAUCGAUUUCGACUACAAGUCUGGUAAUUCGUGGCUUCUUGGUGAUUAUCUCGUGGAUGGUGGACACCUUCUGGUCGCUGAACGAGUACGCCAUGUCCAGAGCGGCCAUGCUCACAGGCUCUACCCCUGUUCGCGUCCAUCGAGAGCUGGUACACGCGGACCUGAUGGUGAUAUUCCUCAGCUUGGUGGGCUUCGUCAGCUCGGUGUUCCGAGAGCGUAUCGACCCGUCAGUCGCCAUCUUCUGGUUCGAGCUGGUUCACCAAUACCGGUUAACCGUUCUCCGGUCCUCGCCUGCAGUGGUGAACGAGAUCAUCACGUGCUCGACUGCCCAGUACAACAUCGGCAUAGCAAAGGUGACACCGGUGCUUGCUUCGAUGUCACCGCUGCGGCUGUGGUCGUCCUUCCAGUUCCCUGACAAGGACUCGACGUUCAUCGCUGCGUCCUACUUCCCCACUACGUAUUUGGUGGUGGGUAUUUCGUGCUUUGCUCUGGUGCGCAAAGUGUAUUGGUAUUUCCACCCGGAGGAGGCUCGACAACGAUCCAGUCAAAGCACGGAUACAUCGGGCAAUGAGAAGGCUGCGAUGACCAUGAAAGGCAUCGUCACCAACUUUGAGAUCUCGACGGGUGCCGAGCUACAGACAAGAUUCGGACUCAUCUCCGACUACAACAACUACGUCUACUUCAAGGGCAUGAAGUUCGCCUCGCCUGACGGCGUCUACUGUUCUGGAUUCGUCAUCGUGAACGGCAAGUAUCUGGUGAGCACCAAGCACUUGCUGUCGAUUGUGUUGAUGAAGCUGUUGCACGCGCGCUUUGCCAACGUGUACGCGUACGAGGUGGACGGCAACAGUGUGAAGGAGACGGCUCGACUGGUGCAUACGAACACGUUCAUGUGGUCGGACCUGUGGCGUCUGAACGUCACUGUCCUAUUGUAG